CGAUUCUGCACUCAACACCCCAAGUAACACUUCAUCAAUCACUCUUACAUCUAACCACCAUGAAGCUCGCUUUGUCUUUUGUUUUUGCUGCCAUCGCUUUGCUACAGGUGACGGCGGCAGCGCCAGUCGUCGACAAGCGUGCCAUGAAGCCCUUUGCAUAUAUCGUCGCCGAGGACUCCCCCGAUGUUGAAGACGUCGAGAAGCGUGGCAUGAAGAAGUUCGCAUAUAUUGUUGCUGAGGGCUCACCUGAUGCCGAAGACGUCGAGAAGCGUGGCAUGAAGAAGUUCGCAUAUAUCGUUGCUGAGGGCUCACCUGAUGCCGAAGACGUCGAGAAGCGUGGAAUGAAGAAGUUCGCAUAUAUCGUUGCUGAGGGCUCACCUGAUGCCGAAGACGUCGAGAAGCGUGGCAUGAAGAAGUUCGCAUAUAUCGUUGCUGAGGACUCACCUGAUGCCGAAGACGUCGAGAAGCGUGGCAUGAAGAAGUUCGCAUAUAUUGUUGCCGAGGACCCCUCUGAUGUCGAGUAGACGUUGAAAAGCGCUUCCCCACUCCUGGUGCUGAAGGUGUUGAUGCAUGCCUUUAGUAUCAGCCUUGGAGUCUAGACUAUUUUUGAAUGAUUAUCGCCACUAGCAGAAGCUCAGAAGCUCGGGUUGUGGGCCCCAGCAGCGAGUGAAGUUUGACUUUCC